ACUCACGCGAAGAAGAAGCUGCACGUUGUUAACGUGAUAGUGUAGUAGCAGAGAAUUUGUGACUACGUUUUAGACCGUAGCUCUGGCCACAACAAUAUAGCUGAAAUUGAUUGAUUAUACGAUGGAAAGCGACACCGAGAUGGAGGACUUCGAUAGCAGCGAGGAGGGAAGCAAUUGGUCUGAUGAUAGUUACCUUGCAGACGAAGACUUCAGCUUCGACUAUCAGGAGGGAGUGGAUCCACACGAGGACGCUCUUGAUUGGGAAGAGGACUCAAAUGAAUCAGCAGGCGACACACCACCCAGAGUCACACCAAGGAAAGAAAGCCAAUCUGAGAGCGGGGUAAAGUGUUCUGAUUCUCCAGAAGAACCAUGGUUACCAUGCAAAGGUUCACAGUCAACAAGGACAUCAAGUGUUAAAACUGAUGAAGAUGAAGCCCCACUGCUGAGCACCUUGCAGCCAGACCAACAGCGUAGCCCGUCAGUGAAUUUGUCAACAAAGACCUAUUCUCCACGUAAAAGAGUGCCGGCCUCACCCUCAUUAAAGUCCAAAGUACCACGUCUCUCAACCCCAAGGAAAACCUCUCACUUACCACACAGAACAACCGAGUCAGAUCAGCCAUGGAAAACAGAGAAACACCCUGAUGAGGGUCCUCAACCUUUGAGAUUUUGUCCAAGCAGACCUCCUGGACCUCAAGUAGAUCCCUCAGCCAUGUACUCACCGUUAGACUUAUUUCAAAUGUUUUUUACAAAAGUCACGGUCAGAACCCUCUGCGACAAUACAAAUAGACAAGCGGCUAGAAACAUUGGUAGGGGCAAAAAGUUUAAGUGGAUAGAUAUAACUGUGAAGGAGUUUUACAAAUUCAUUGGAUUGGUCUUCUUUACUGCUCUGGUUAAGACAAAAGCUAUCAGUGAUUACUGGAUAACAAACUCAAUUUUCUCGAUUCCGUUUCCAGCUACUGUGAUGAACAGGGAUAGAUACAGAAUCAUAUCAUGGAACAUUCACAUGAGUGAUCCUGAUGAGGACGCUGUCAAUGACAGUAAAAAGGGCACACCUGAAUAUGAUAGGCUAUUUCGGCUCAAACCAUUAAUGAAUGACAUUCGUCAUGCCUGCAUGUCCUGUUUCCACCCACAUAAAAACCUGGCUGUAGAUGAAAGGAUGGUGGCAUCAAAAGCAAGAAAUGGGUUGAUUGAAUAUAUCAAGUCAAAGCCCACUAAAUUUGGCUUUAAGAUUUUUGUGUUAGCGGACUCCAGCAAUGGCUAUACAGUGGACUAUGCUGUGUAUAUCGGCAAGAACACGUUUCCCGUUGGCUUUGGAAUUUGUCACGAUUCAGUGAUGUCCCUCGUAAGGCCCUCUGUUCUUGGCUCAGGUUACCAUGUGUACCUUGACAACUACUUCUCCAGCCCAAAAUUAUUCAAGGACUUAUUUGAUAUGAAAAUGGGAGCGUGUGGUACCAUGAGGGAAGGCAGAUUGGGCUUCCCAAGAUCAGAAGAAAAUGCGCUGACCAAGAAAUCCCCAAGAGGAUCUUUACGGUGGAUAAGGGAGGGCUCCCUGCUCUUUGUGAAGUGGAAGGAUGCCCGGGAAGUGUCGAUGGGUACCACCAUUCAUCAAGCUUAUGGAGGGGAGACAAUAAAAAGGAAACGCAAGAAUAAGGAUGGCAAAUGGUCUCAUGAGUCAAUUCCAGUACCCACCCCAAUUCUAGAAUACAAUAAAAACAUGGGAGGUGUUGACUUAUCUGACCAACUGAUUACUUACUUCUCAGCCCACCGCAAAACAAUGAAGUGGUACCGAACAUUGUUCUACCAUUUUGUGGACAUAGCGACUACUAACAGCUACAUCAUUCACAAGGAUCUGUGUAAAGUGAACAAGAUGCAGCCCAUGACCCACAAAGAAUUCACACAAGCGCUCGUGGCCCAGCUCUGCGAGGUGUCCAUUGAGACUCAGUCCAAGCCGACGAACACUGGACAUACACCUGUCCCGAUCAAGCCUGUGGCAGACAAAAGCAAGAGAAGCUCUGCAGGACGAAAGCGCUGCGAACUCUGCAAGAAAUCGGGACACUCCAAAGACACUCCCUGGAAGUGCAAUGAGUGUGGCGUACCACUCUGUGUCAUUCCAGACAGAAAUUGCUUUCAUGAUUGGCACAACCUUGAGGGAAUGGCCCCAGUUGAGUAUCAGUCUUCUGACUCUUGAGUAAAGCUGUAAGACUUGUGCAGCUAUAUCCUAUCCAUCACAGAUGAGGAGUGCUGUUAGACCUGUGCCUUAUUGCAAAUGUUUGUGCAUUUGAACAAAAUGCUGCUCAUUUUCUAUUUUUCUUUUGAUAGGAGUAAUACUUUUGUUGUUUUUCCAAGAUAAUGGAUAUCAGGCCAUAAAUUUGUCAAUAGGGAAAAGGUUAAAUAUAUGGUUUUUGGGAUGUACUAUUUGUAAAUAACUUGUGUUAUUAACUUGUGCUUCAGCAAUAUUGUGUUCUGGUAUUCUAGUGUGUUCCGUUUGAUCACAAUUAUCUUUAUCAGAUUACAUGGCCUGACUUUUUCCACUCUUAUGUAAUAGCUCAAUUUGAGUCAAGUGAAGGUGUUUUAAAAUGUACUGUACUGGUCAAUGAUGUGGAGUUUAAACAUAUUGCAACCCUAUGGCUCAUAAUGUGGUGAGGCUACUAUGACUAACAAUGUAUUUUCAGAUGUGAAAGAAUCAACCUCAAAAUAACCCAGCUUUUCUCCCUCUGUUUUACUGUCAUAUUUUUUUUUAAAUGUACUUCAUGCAAGAGUAGUUAUUACAAGAAACUUCUACGAUGAACCAACCUUGUAUAUUAUUUGUUGAGUUUCCCUUUUCUACUGUGUAGUAAUGGUUAUUUUGUUUUACKAAAAGGUUCUACUCCAAAAUACCACUCCAUCCACGUGCACGCUUGCACGUAGAUCAACGGAGUGAAGCUUGUAGUAAGCCUUUGGGAAUCCCCGGUGUCUGAUGCACGCCGUUUGGUGCUACGCAGACCCGGUGGCGAUCGCGAGACAGAGGAGACCCUGUCUGUCCUUUUCAGUUUUGAUGCAGAACGUUUGCCUGAUGAAGUCAUGCUAGGAGGGAGAUUCUGAGGUGUGAGAAGUGUGCAGGAGGGUAUGGGUACAGCCAUCACUGGUACAGAGUGACUGGAACAGUUUGUGUUUUAGUAAGGUUGGCUUCUUGGUGUUUAUUGCUAUGGUCAUUAAUUGUACCACACAGAUGGAAAGGAAAUCCCAGAAGAUUGAAUUGGUAGUAGGAGCAGCAGUAGAGAAGUUUUUGGGUAUCAGAGAUUUUAGUGCAGAAGAGCUAGAGGUGGUUUUGAGAGAAGGGUGUAGGAUCUGUUGGGGCCAAAGUAGUGGGAAGGGGUGGUGGGGUGUGUUGGGGAUAGUGGUAUUGUGUGUGUGUAUAAGUGCUGUUAGAUGGUGGUACAAUCCCUCCCCCCAUUUUCCUUGGAUGUAAUAUUUUACAAAUGUGCAAUGCACUUUCCAAACUGAAAGGCAGCAAUAUGCAACAACGCGUCUAGUCUGCAGGAAAGCCACACGAAGAAAACAGAAAUAGGAACAAAGAAAUCAAGAUGACCGUUCUCCUAGCAGCAGGAUAUUAUGCUGGCAGCACAAGUGCGGUUUUCUUUUUUCCAAAAUAAGAGUCCCCUGAAAAGGGGAGUCCCCACAUGUUAAACUUGGGGAAUAUCGAUUUAUUUAUGUUUUUGCACUCCAGUGCAGUAGAACGUUUUUCCCAAAACAUUGCUACCACCUUUGGAAAAAAUAAGUUGAUCAUUUGUUGAAUUCAUACCAUUUCUUUAAAAAGUUAACACAAACACUGACUGGUAUGUCGUGUAGGCUAUAUUUAAAGAAAUACACUUUUGAUAAAACACAUGUUAUUGGAAUUACUCAAUAGAUACUGCAAAAUUUUAUUGGUCUCUGUAUUAAAUGGGUUUAAUACAGUGUGCUGCUGGUGACUCCUUAUUCCAUUCCCUGCAGUGCAAUACAUGGUACAUUAUAUGGGAUACUUGUAAUGCACUUUACUACUGGUCUCAUAAAUUGGGGUGGGAAAUACUCAGUCGGGUCUUUACUAACCAAAUAUGGUCKGUUUUGGAGGGGGACUGUGUUGCAUGGUCUGCUGCUGGCUUUUCACUCCGCACCCUCCAUAGCCCCAAUAAAAUAAAUAAACUGUACAUGGGAUACUUAUUAGCUUGUAGAGAGAACUUUUCUACCUGUCUCCGAUACAGUGGGGUGGGAUAUACUCAGUAGGCUCUCUACUAACCAAAUGUGUAGUUUUUCAACAAAUAGUUGAACRAAGUCAUUUUUCAGACAGGUAGAAAAGGCCUCAAUACAAGUCGAUAUGUGUCCCACGUAGUCUAUUACAGUGUAUUGCAUUGAGGACUAUGGAGGGCAGGGUUUCCACGGGUCCUUGAAAUCCUUGAAAGUUUGUGAAUUUGAGAGAGAGAAAAAUCAGGGCCUUGAGAAAGUUUUUGGAAAUAGACAUGGGUCGUUGAAAGUGCUUGAAUUUAUAUAUAUAUAUAUAUAGUCGGUCACGCGUGCAAGAGUGAAUGAAGUCGAAUAAAUCAGGUUAAACAGCUCAAGCUAACGUUAAGUGAACCUUCAGCUAUGCCUGGAAAAUGUAAAUUCCUUGACUCGUGGCUCACCAAAAACUGUCUUGUUAAAGAACCGCAGGACAUCKAUAUGGCCCGAUGCAGAGCCUGCAGCAAAUCAAUAAAAGUUCACGCCAUGGGCGAAGCAGCUCUYAUGAGCCAUGCUGCUAGAGCAUCACACAGGCAGUGUUGCCAACUUAGUGACUUUGCCGCUAUAUUUAACGAUUAUUCAGACCCCUCUAGCGACACAUUUUUUUUUUAAAUCGACUAGUGACAAAUCUAGCGACUUUUUCUGGUGUUAUUGGAGACUUUUGGAGACUGACGUGAUAGCAUGUAUAGUUCUUACUCUUUUCAACGAGCAGCGGAUGCUACCGUGGGCCCCACCCCCUUCCCAAAACACUCACAGGCGGCCCAGUCCUCGRGCAGCAGUCCCUCCCAGCUGCAGUCAGAGCAGGAGAUGUUCACCCCUCCGC